AUGCUGGAUAAACUUUCCAAAAACCUUUUAGGCUUGCUUCUUCAAUACUUAGAAGGCCAUGAGAUCCAUAAAGUAGAGUAAGUGUCACGCAAGCUGAAAGCAAAUACUAAUCAAGACUACAUAUGGAGGUAUCUAACUGAAAACAAAUUGGAGUUGGUUCAAAAAUUCUACUAGGAUAAUUGGAGAUAAUGCUUCUGGAGGAAUAAUAAUGCUGCUCAGCAUAUGACUUCCAAGAAUUUCAGACAUCAAAUGUGCCCCAUCAGGCACUUCAAGAAUCUAGUCUCAUUAGUAGAUUCACAUGGUAACUUUGUCUUCGCAGCUGAUGAUAAGGGGAAUGUUGGAAUCUUCCUUAUAAACGAAAAGGAUCUCGAAAAUGAUGAUGAAACCUUACAGACUGAGACUCUUCAGACUGAUGGCGUUGAAUAUCUCAAGUACCUCUCUUACCAAUCUGAGUUGAUAAUAGUGACUAAAACAGCAAUGAUUAUCGUCUUACAAAUCCAGCAGACAAGUCAUGAUAAGUUUCUCUGGUCAUUAAAAGGACAGAUUAACCUUGAAAUAGCUCCUGCGAAUCUUUAUGUUACACAGCUAGGCGAUAAAUCUGCCUAAUUUUACAUCAGCAAUCUUCCACUCUGCGGGGACAGCUUUACUGCAGAUCAGACUGUUUUUAUUUUCAACUCUCAGAAUAUGACCAUUGAGUAUUAACAAAAACUUGACUUGGACGAUAUGGCUUAGGAUCCCUUUCAAUAGUUUCAAUUCGGGUUGCAAUAGAGACCUUGGUAUUAUAAUUUCCGUCAAAAUCAGAUGAUGAGUCUCCAGCACUUUAAAGAAGUCAAGCAAAGAUAUCAACUCGCUGUAUUCAUUUCAAAUCAGUUCCUCAUAUUCUCUCACUUCUCCAAGAAGCUGAUCAAAAUUGACACUAAGAUGUCAAAGCUAGACAUGUUUAUGAAGAAGACCAAUGUAGAGGUGCAUGAAAUCUUUUCGGAUGAAACACAUGUAGCCUUAAAUCUGAAGCUUUUUAAGGGUUUCUUGCUCUCGCACAACUCAAAUGAGCUAAGAUUAAUUAACUUCACAACAAUGCAAGUCUUGCAUACCAUAAACAUUGGCCAUAGAUAAUUAAGAAGCAAGUAGGGUUAAUAUAGACAACCUAUGUAAAUAUUGACUUAGGCAAGAGCUAAUUGUACUAGGAAAAGGAAGAUUCUAUAAGAGAUGAUCAUGAAGUGA